GGAAAAGUAACUUGCGCGCGUUCGCAUAAUUGAUCCAGUUGUUGCACGUGCGCAGAGACUGAUAGCGUCAGUUAGCCUCUGCCUGCUGCGAAGGGUCUCCCGUUAGAACCAGCAGCUGAAAAGCAGGUGUCGGACAGUGACCGCCGAGAUCUCAGAGGACUCAUGCUCUCGCCCCCCGGUGCUGCCACGCGAGCUGUGUACAUACUGUGGAUCGCCAUGGCCCAGGUAGCUUGCCAGGAGGACAGGGAGAAAACCACCGCGCUCAAAGAUCUGUUAUCAAGAAUAGACCUGGAUGAACUGAUGAAGAAGGAUGAACCGCCUUUCACGUUUCCCAAAACACUGGAGGAGUUUGAAUAUGCUUUCAACGAAUAUGGUCAGCUCAGACAUAUAAAAACAGGAGAGCCCUUCGUGUUCAAUGCCAGGGAGGAUCUGCACCGAUGGAACCAGAAGCGCUAUGAAGCUCUGGGAGAGAUCAUCACUCAGUAUGUUUAUGAGCUGCUGGAGAAACAGUGCAACAUGACUAAAGCAAUCCUGCCAGUGGAUGCUGCUGAAGGUGAACCCACCAGUUUUAUCUACCUGAGCUCAGAUGCCUUGUCCAACCCAUCGAAGCUGCUGGUACUGAUUCAGGGCAGCGGCGUCGUGCGGGCCGGUCAGUGGGCCCGUAGGCUAAUCAUCAACCAGGACCUGGACUCGGGCACACAGAUCCCCUUCAUCAACCGAGCCAUGGAGGAGGGCUAUGGCGUGAUGGUGCUCAACCCCAAUGAGAACUACCUGGAGGUGGAGAAGCGAGCCCUGUCCACUCCCACAACCUCUCCUAAUGAAGCUUCGGACGAACCCGCGGAGAAGAGGGAACGCAAGGACGAUAAAGAGGGCAAAAAGAAGAGGGAGUUUUACGAGAAGUACCGUAACCCGCAGAAGGAGACGGAGACCGAACGGAUUCCUGUACGGGAAAAUGGCUCCUCUGAGGAACACGUGCUGUACGUGUGGGACCACUUUGUGUCCAAAGCUGCAGCCAAGAAUGUCUUCAUCGUGGCCCACAGCUAUGGAGGCCUGUCUUUUGUUGAGCUGAUGAAUCAGAGGGAAAUGGAGGUGAAGAACCGAGUGUGUGCCGUGGCUCUGACCGACUCCGCUCACAACAUCUGGCUGCAGGAGACUAGCAAAGGCACACAGGACUGGAUGCAGCAGCACUGUUGUAACUGGGUCUCAAGUCCAGAGCUGCUGGACACGCCGCUGGAGCCCAUGCUGCCGGACUGCCCUCGAGUCUCUGCAGGCACCGAGAAGCACGAGCUGACCUCCUGGACGAGCCUCCGCUCCGUCUUCAAGUUCUUCGGCGAGGCCCUGAACGCGCGGGAGGGCGAGGAGGCGGAGGAGAGCGCCAGCGCUGUCACCACGCGCAGCAGCUCGCUCAAAAGCAAACACCAGGAUCUGUAGACGCCCGAAAAACAAUGCCUCGGAACAAGUGGUGGUGGGGGGGGGGGCUUGUGAGGGAUCAUACAGGGGAGUUUUUAGCGACGGAGGCUAAGGUUCCACUUCCCCUCUUCCAUCCCUUCUCUCUCCGGCUCCUCUUCCCGGGUGUCAUUUCGUCCCUGCAGACCUCCCCCGGCUCCGCGCGCGCGCGCACAGCCUUAUUGUCGCAGGGGACGGGAGUGCGGGGGUCACCGUGUAUACAUCACAAUAGCGUUUUACAUUACUUCCAGAUGAGCGCAACUGUCAAAGCAAUAUGGGCCCGAGUGUCGGCGCUUCCCGUGGGCUGCGGUUGCGGUGCCGCGGCGGCACAGAUUGGGGCUGACAGGAGCCGUGCACAAUGCGCCGUGGUGCACCUCUAAUUGUCCUGACAUCGGCCUGAACUGAGCUAAUGCCCUGCCUGCCCUGCAGUCUGCCCUGCUCUGCCUCCCCCUCCUCUACGACACCCCCCCCCCCCCCCCCCUGCCUGCACUGCUUAUCCUGAAAUCAGCUCAGUCAUCAUGAAAUCUUCUGAUGUCCAGCACUAUUUCAGCUCCCGGGCUCCCGUCAUCCUCAUUUUCUUAUAGGGCAUGCUGUGUUUUGUUUUGUUUUUACUACGCUUAAUUGGUGAGCUUUUGUUUUGUUUUAACAAGGACUUUCAUAGAUCUGACUUUGCGUAAACUGUCUGUAACCUGUGCUUAUAAUAAGAGAGAUCCUUUGUUCUUUAAUUUCUCAACCUUGAACUAAGAAGAUUUUUAAUAUUAAGCCUGUAUUUCUCAUAACGGCAAGUGUUUGCGUUAGAAUAUCUCUGGGUUCGAAUUGCAAAAGUCCAUUUCCUAUUGUCUCUUAUAAAUAUAUAUAUAUAUAUAUAUAUAUAUAUAUAUCUUUU